AUGAACAACCUAAGAGACUGUUUUCUCCUUUUGGAUAUGUUACAUAUGGGGUCAUUGGAUCCUUACAAUCUUGACGAAGAGAAAGACAAUGUGUAUAUCAUGGAUCCUCUUGGGGCUCGUCACCCUCAUGAUGUGUGGAAAUGUAUUGUAAACGCGUAA